AUGUUGGUUGGAGUCGCAUGGAUCUCGUAUUGGAUUGACUGGAAAAGUACUGCUGCUCGUGUCCCACUGGCUAUCGUCACCCUCCUUACGAUGAUCACCACUUCUCACGUGUUCAUCUUCUUCUCUUUAAUCGAGUACGCUGUCGUGAACUAUAUGGGUAUACUGGAUGAGCACAGGUUGAGCAGGUCGAUUGCGGGUACUGUGCAGAAGAACCUUCACCUUUACGAUUUCUCAGACAAAUGCGCCGAAGCGGCUUGUAAUCGAAGUCGAAUCUGUCGAAGUCCAUUUCUACGACGGAAACGUAACAAAUCAUUCGAGUUGCGCGAAGAAGAAAUUGGAUUGGUUUAUGAUGGCAUUGAACUCAGCGACAUGGGUCAACCACCACGGACAGCCGGCCAUGUCGAGGAAGGAUGGACGUUCCAGGUAUGUUGUGCUAGUCCGAUAGAGAGUUCUCAGCGGAUCCCUAGUUGUCAAUUCCACGAUAAAAUGGGAGAGGAUGAGGGAGAAUGA